CCGAGCCUGCCGAGGGCGAGCCGCCCUUGGACGAAGGGGAGGACGGAGAGAAGGAGGGCGAGCAGCCUGCUAGCCAGGGCCUGAGGGCCAGGGACAAGAAGCUGGGCUACACCAAAUCCAUGGUGCUGCCAGAGACCCGAGGGCCCAAGGGAAGUCAUCGUAGGAACCUUUCCCAACACAGUUUUGAGGCCUGGUUGGGUGACGGUCCUGCAGCCACAGCGGCAAAUGGUUCGUCUUCACACAGCCCCGAUCGGCUGCACAUGGUGGAGAAAUCGGGGCAGCUGAACAAAACGAAGAUUGCAGAAGGAGGCCGGAAACUCAGAAAGUGCUGGGCAUCCUCAUGGCUGGUCUUGGCUGGGAACAGCCUCAUGUUCUACAAGGACCCCAAGGUGGCAGCUGCAUGGACUCCGUCCAGUAGCCGGCCUGAAAGCAGUGUGGAUUUGCGAGGUGCCCGCAUAGACUGGGCCAGGGACUUGUCCAGCAAGCGGAAUGUCAUCCAUUUCCGCACUGUGACAGGAAACGAGUAUCUCUUGCAAUCAGACAGCGAGACUGUCAGCCAAGAGUGGUACCAAGCUAUCAAGGGAGUCAUCCGUAGGUUGGAUGAAGAGAAUCCUUUGGACGAGCCCCUCCUGUAUCCCCUCUCCCGGUCAAACAGUGCUGAUCUUGUGGAUCUCAGUGCUGAGGAAGAGGAGGAGCAGUUUGGACUCCCAAGAGGUGACACCCAGCCUGCACCCUCUAGUCCUGACAGAGCCUACAAAAAACGGGUCAAGAGCAAGCUGCGGCGGUUCAUUGCCAAGCGCCCACCACUGCGGAGUCUGCAGGAAAAAGGACUGAUCCGAGACCAGGUCUUUGGCUGCCGGCUGGAAGCCCUGUGCCAGCGGGAAGGGGGCACAGUGCCCCGCUUUGUUCAGCAGUGUGUGGAAGCUGUGGAACAGAGAGGUCUGGACGUAGAUGGGAUCUACAGAGUCAGUGGGAACUUGGCCAUCAUUCAGAAGCUGAGAUUCAUAGUUGACCGCGAGCGGGCAGUGACAUCUGAUGGACGCUAUGUCUUCCCAGAGCAACGCUGCCAAGAGGACAAGCUGCACUUGGACGACCCCCAGUGGGAUGAUGUGCAUGUGCUCACCGGCGCCCUCAAGCUUUUCUUCCGGGAACUACCUGAACCACUCCUGCCGUACAGCCUUUUUGAUGACUUCGUAGCUGCAGUCAAGUUGUCUGACCCGAAGGAUAAAGUCUCCAAGUUGACAGGCCUGAUACAGAGUCUUCCUCAGCCAAACCGGGACACCCUGCAUUACUUACUGGAGCAUCUUCGCAAGGUGAUGGCACACUCGGACACCAACCGAAUGACAACACAGAACAUUGGCAUUGUCUUUGGACCAACCUUGUUGCGACACGAGCGAGAUGCAGCCAGCCUGGUGGAGGGCAUGGUGUACCAGAACCAAGUGGUGGAACUCCUCCUCACCGAAUUUUCUAGCAUCUUUACAGCCCCAACCACCGAAUGACUCUGUUGGCUCCUUUCUCGGAUACUCGUGGUUCUGACCUGAAGAUACAUUGGGACCGCAGGUCAUCUGGACCAGGUGCAGGGGUUGACUCUGUGUCGUUCUGUGCACCACACACUGCACGGGUACGAUGGGACCAGCAUAGUCUGGGCUAUGCUUUUGAGAGGUGGAUUGGGCCUCUGCUGGAUCAUCCUCCAGGACCUUUUAGUACACCAUUAGAUCUCAAUGUUGGUCCACCUUAAUGCAGGCUUGUUUGAAGCUCUGCCGUAUGUGUAAGUGCAACAAGGUCGGCUUGUACCUUCUUGAGUGUGGCAGAGGCAAAAUGAAGAAAGAGGAUAGGAUUGCCAGCAUCCAACUGUGUACAUGAAUGGGGUUUGCUAUCAUUACUUGGGUGUGGACUCAAGGAAGGAGAAAAUUGUGGGGAACAAGUGGCUGCCCAUUAAUCCUCUUCUUUUUAAACUCCAGCCAUUAGCCAUCAUUGCAGUCCUGCAUUCUUUCAAGCUGACCAUUAACUUCUUUUCCUUAGCCUCUUGCUACAGAAGUGCUUGCUCUCCCUGCCCCCACGUCUCCACACCCUUCUGUGCUGCAGCACUUGUUCCAUCAUUGUGGCCUUGAACAGAUGCCGUAAAGCAGACCUCCUCGAGGACAGGAAUGGACGGUCCCUAGCCAUUUCAUGGCCUCCCCAUCCAUUUUGCACUCCAGAGGGGCCCAGGGUCAGAGCUAACCUCAUCUCUUACUCCUUCAAUAGGAGACUUUUGCUUCCAGAAGUGCCUCAAAGAAGUGGAUUCCUCUUUAAAGGCAUGCAGUCCCUUGGUGCCUUUAGAGAAAAUAAAUCAAUAAAAUUUGAAACUGGAAGUGCACUUCUGGUUUCAGGAGGCUGCCUGAUUGUCCCAUGUAAGGUUGUGGGGGGAGAGCGCAUGCCCCCCAGCCCCACUGAUGAUGCCUUCCCCUGCUUCAGGUAAUGCUCUCUGGAACCUUUGCUUCAGACCCAUAUACACUGAAGGUGCUUUCAGUCACAGCUUUUAUUGCAAAAUCUCCCUGCGUUGUUCAACAUGUUUAUCAUGGUGGUGGGUGUGUAGACAAUACCAUUUGCCACCUGUUAAUCUUCUCUGUUUCUUCUGUCUUGUCUCUUACCAGAAAAAAGGGGUUAAGGAAGAAAAGAUAGGAUAAUUAUGUGAUACCCUUUGAUUUUUAGUGGGCUUUUUUUUUUUUUUUUUUUUUUGGAUAGGUGCUGGUUUUCCCUUCUGGAAGGGCUUUUGCGCUUUUAACAGCUACCCAAGCAUUUAACAGAUGAUGCUCUCUUCCAUGUGCAAAAAUAUCAUGUAUGGAGUUUCUGCCAUCCAUAUAUAUAUAUCUAUUACUGUUGUGGGUGAUCUGUCAGGAAAAAAAUAAAGCUUGCACCCCAACGGUCAGGAGAUCAGCCUGAUCCAGAUUAGUACGA